GUUUAUGAAAAGUGAUUUUUAUUGAUCGAUUAUGCCGUCAAAAAAGCAAAAAGCAAAGAAUCGCCGAAAUGUGUCGACUGUCAAUUGGGUUGAAAAUAAAGAUGGAACACAUUCCAUAGCGGUAGCAUCGAAAGUAAAGCCGGAUAAUACGCAAAAAGGGAACAGCUGGGUACAACUUCUGAAUCCAGACAGUGGUAAAUCUGCUCGAAAAUAUACCACCGAUGAAAACGCCAAUACAGUUCAAUUCGAAGAAAUGACUUUGAAUGAGGUAGAAAACAAGUCAAAUGACGAUAUUGCACAAAUUCAACGCUUGAUUGAUAUGAAGAGGGGAAAACUCGAAAUGUGCACUCUGCCUUCGUAUGAUAUACCCAAGGAAAUUUGGAAUUCUGCAGAGACAGGAAAACAAUUACGGUUUGGCUUUCCAAUCGAAAAGUGUCGCAGUUCAGCCGACUACUAUGUGAAAACAUAUGAAACGAUGGUUUAUUUGGAGGAAGCUGCCCAAACUCUAUUUGUGCAGUCAUUCAACCAGGAUGAUGUCGAUUUUUCCUACACCGGUGAAAAUCAAAUCUUUUACUUUAUGAAAGAGAAAAGAAUGGCGGAAAUUAAUGGGGCGAUUGAUGAAAAUCUAUUGGACUGCUUUGUUUUGGAACCGCAUAAAAAAAGUGAUUUUUUCACGGUCGAACGCUAUUCCGGACAAAUAAAGAGAAAGUCAGCCGAGAAGAUUUUCGUCCAAAUGUCAGAAGAAUCUUUUUCGAAAUUCAAUUCGAUUUGCAUGGAACAGUCCUUUGAUAUCAGAUUUUGCUUGAACAGAACUCCGUAUCAGUUGCAGCACUUUGCACUUGAUAUUUUGAAUGAACAACGUCUGUUCACUGCUUUGAUUAACAAUCCUAAAUAUGAUGAAACAGGAAAUUCAUCCAAAACACCACCUGAAAUAUUGAUUGAUUUCAGUCCCAAUUUGAAAUUGAAUCCAGAGCAAAAGUUAGCAGUUCAAAGUAUUGUAAAUGCGACUAGUAAACCACUACCAUUUGUUCUUUUCGGUCCACCAGGUACCGGCAAAACGAAAACACUAGUUGCUGCGAUUGAGAAAAUCGUUCGAUUGACCGACAAAAAUGUGUUGGUGUGUGGGCAGUCUAAUGCAGCAUGUGACGAGAUCGCGACACGUUUGAUUCCGGCAUUGACUGAAGACGAAAUGUUUCGCAUGUAUGCGCUGUCCUAUGAUGUGCAUAAAAUAAAAUCGGACAUAGAGCCAUACAGUAAUCGCAUCGGAAAAGAAUUUCACUAUCCACCAUUGCAAUUCAUAAUGAAGUAUCGCGUAGUAAUUUGUACACUAUGCACAGCUGGUACAUUGACGCGGGCAAACAUAUCUCCGAAACACUUUUCCUAUGUGAUCAUCGACGAAUGUGCCAGUGCUCACGAAACGAUGGCACUGAUUCCAAUCGCUGGUCUGUGCACAGAAACGGGUAAAGUACAUGCAAAUAUUGUUGUGGCUGGCGAUCCGAAACAAUUGGAUGCCGUUACCAAAUCCGAUCAAGCCAAAAAACUGGGCUUCGGAACGUCUUUCAUGGAACAUUUGUUCGAACGACCGUUAUACAAAUGUGAUCCCGAGACCAAUGAAUUUUGCGGAAAAUAUAUUACACAACUCAUCCGGAAUUAUCGUUCGCAUGAGUCAAUCUUGAAAAUUCCCAACGAGCUGUUCUACAAUGGCACACUAUUGGCUAAAGCAUCAGAUGAUGCUACCAAUUGGUUUGUCAACAAUUCUUUAUUGCCUUCCAAAAAAUUCCCCAUAAUAUUUCGGUCCGUUCAGGGGAAUUCCGAACGAUCUGACGCCAAUAAAAGCAUGUUCAAUACGAAUGAAGUGAACAUGGUGAUGGAGUACAUUGACAAAUUGCUAAAGCUGAAGUUGAAGAAUGGUGAAAGAAUUUCGCAGUCCGACAUUGGAGUGGUUACACCGUAUAAGAUGCAACGACGAUGCAUUUCACAAGCCUGUCAUCGCGGCAAUUUAGAUGACAUUACAAUCGGCACCGCUGAAGUGUUCCAAGGACAAGAACGGCCGAUCAUCAUUGUGUCAACGGUUCGAUCUGGUGGAAACAAACUCGGUUUCGUUAAUAAUCCUCGGCGAUUCAACGUGAUGAUUACACGAGCCAAGUGUUUACUUGUCAUCGUUGGCGAUCCACAUUUGCUUCAGUAUUGCUCGAAUUGGAGAAAACUCAUCACAUUUUGCUUGGAGAACAAUGCAUUGGUUCAGAGCCGAUAUCGAUACCCGAGUAUAUAAUUGAACGGCUUGCAUGCCGUUGAAUCGCACUCAAGAGGAAUAACGAAGAAAACAAACCAAUAUUAACAUUCAUUAUAAGUUUUAUUGUGGGUGUCAUGUGUGUCAGCACCCUACACAAAUCUUACAACCAACUAAACCGAAAGAUAAGCGUUACGAGUGACACUUUUAAACAACAUUCCCUUUCGAUUCCAAUGCACAACCGAAUGGUUGAAACGAAACGACAACGUUACAAAUAAUUUAUUUAUCGAUGGUCAAAGGAAACAAACUCAUGUUUCUCAAACAAUAUUCUGUUAGUCAGUAUUAAUAAAUGAAUGCGUUUUCAUAAAACACUAGAAACAUUUCUUUUUGUUUUUGUAUUUGUUUAUAUA